AUGGUGGGGGGAGAAACUCCCAAUUGCGAACGAGCAAGUCGACUCAGGAACAAGGUGUUUGCGUCAAUGAAGGGUGACGACUCAGUCUGCAUGUUGCGGUCGGGGAAACGCCUGCUACGGGGUUCCAGACAGACUUCUAAAGCGGAGAAUAGAGGUGCAACGAGGGUGGUGGACGGUGAUGGUGAGAAUAAUCGAAUUACUGAUACAAAUCGGAGGAGACAGAAGGUUCGAUCCAUACGCGAGCAUGAUAAUUGUGUUAGAUUUUACGUGAAAAGUGGAAUGAAGAAGAGAGUUGCAGAGAUUGCAGCUAAGGAUGAGGAUGAUAAGAAGAAGAAGAAGAAGAAGAAGAAGAAGAAGAAGAAGAAGAAGAAGAAGAAGAAGAGGUGUGAGUUUCAUGUUGUAAUGAAACCCAAUUGUGGUAGAAACGCUGAGAUGGGUUCGAAAUUCUUGUUUCGAGCGUUAUAUUACAUGAUGAGGCUAUCGUUCUCCUUGAAAGAGCUGGUUGAAUUCCUUUUCAUGGAACCCUUUCCUGCCAUUUAUGCCUCACAAGGGAUACACCUUCCCCAGUCUCAGGGUCCUCCCGUCUCUCACAGGCUUGGGGUUUGCCAGUUUUUUGGGGUCUCACAAUUCAUACCAAUGUUCUGCGUGGAUUUUUCUGCCAUUCCUUUCUGUUUUCUGCAGCUGCAUUCUGCAAUGUCUUUGAAAUCCACUAUUAGGUCAUAUUUUUUGGUAUGUAGUCUAGAACAUGUGAUUGAGGCUAUUGAAGUCGAAGAAGGUUCAUCUGUUAUGAUCUUCAGUUUACCUGGUCAAAAUGGACCGUAUAGAAAGAAGUCAAAGAACUAUAAAUGCAUUCAAGGGAUUGGUACAAGGGAGGGUUCAAAUCCGAAUCCUGCUGUGGCAGACGCGAGAAAUGGAGCACUGCAUUCUCAAUUAAAUGAUCACCAAAAGGAAGUUAUUGUUGUUGUCGCCGCAUCUAAUGAGAAAAUUUGUCGUUUGGCUAACAGUCUCACUUCUACAAGCCUUUCAAAAGCGAAUUCUGCUGUGGUAGAUUCAACAGAAGGACUGAAUUUAUCUCACUGUUCUGCAAAUAUAUUGAUUCCGGAGUCAGACAACUCAAACAACAGUUACUACAGGGUUGGAGGAGCUGUAGUUACUUUUGAACAAAAUCCUUCCUCUAGAAAAUGGCUUCUUGCAAUAAAGAAAGAUGGAAUGACAUGGUGCACUUUCAAGGCAGAAAAAUUUAUAAUGUCCUCCACUUCCAAGAAAUUUACCCAGUGGAGAAUGUUCUUUUUGGAUAAUGGGUGGAGGCUGGAGUUUGCUAAUGAUAAAGAUUGGAAGAUGUUUAAAACCCUUUACAAGGACUGCUUUGAGCGUAAUUCCCCAGGUCAAGCUGGGAAACUUAUCCCUGUGCCCGGAGUCCGUGAAUUGUCUGACUAUGCAGACACUUGCAGCAGUGUUAUUCCCUUUGUUAGGUCACAUACUUAUAUAUCAAAUGGUGAUGAUGAGUUUAAUAGGGCCAUGAAAAGGAAUAAACCAAACUAUGACAUUGAUUCAGAAGAUGAAGCGUGGUUGAGGACGUUCAAUAAUGAGUCUCGACAUGUUUCUGUGGAGAAUUUUGAGUUGAUUGUCGAUGCUUUGGAAAAGGCUGUUUAUUUCCAUCGAGAUGUUUCUGACGCAAAAUCUGCUGCUGAUCGGUGUCCUCAAGAUCUUGGUUCCAAGGAAGUGGUGAGAGCAGUAUCUAGAUAUUGGAUGAGAAAACGGAAGCAAAAAAGUAGGCCACUGCUUAGGGUUUUCCAGAAUUAUCCAGCAAAAGCUGCAGUUACUCCUCAGCAUAUCCCAGAAAAGAGGUCACUUAGAAGGCCUAGUCGAUAUGGUGGAGGCAAAUAUGAUCGUGUUUCCGGAGUAACUGCACUUGCAGGUGAAUUGAAGGAGACGAAAAAGAUGAAAGCUGCUAAAGCAAAUGCAGAAGCAUUGAGGGAAAUCGCAGUAAGAAAACGCAAAAGGGCUCAGGAUCUUAUGGAGAAAGCUGAUUUGGCAGUGUUCAGGGCCAUGCAGAUCCGUCACCCUAGGGCUUUGAUUUUUUUUUGCCAAGAGUUCAUAAAAACCCUUGAACAUAAAGAUUGGAUGAGUGUCCUUAAAAGUAAGGCACACAGUGCAAUUCUAAAUAGCAUGGAUGGUCAACUUAAAGAUGAAGAUUCAUAUCU